AGCAUGGAGGAUGUUUUUUUCCCUGCUCGCAUCAGUAAGCUAAAGCAAGAAGAAGUCGCGCUCGGCAUCGACGCCUUUGCGUUUUUUGUUUGAUUAUUUCGGGCUUCAUUCUCAAGAAAUAACCUUCUGAGCGCGGUUUUUUUUUGGUGUGUGUUGUUGCAUAAUCUGCCUUGCUUGCAUCCAACCGAGCGGCUGCACCUGCACACGAUACCCGAGACAAAUCAAGAAAUACCUGCGGGGCGUUUCAUGUUUUUACACACAGUUUGCGCAAUAUUUAAACACAGCGGAAAUAUUUUGUCAGAAGGUGAUACAUUGCGAUGCUUAUCAUCCAACAGCAAUGAUGCUGCGGCACGAGAGCAGUAAAAUAGACUAAAAAUUAGGCGAUGGACAAUGUCCUAUCCAGCGGGUACAAGACCCCUGAGCUCCUGGUCCUGAAUGCAGCGGAGAGAGACACCUAACCGGGUGUCACCGUCAGCCCUGGAUGCUGCGCCGAAGAAUGGGAUACGCCGACCCAUCGUCGGGUAAAGAUAUACUCGGCAAUAGAUCUCUUUGCUUUAUAUUUAUUUGCGCAUUUGGACUCGUCACACUAUUGCAACAGAUUCUCUAUGGAAAAAACUAUAUCAAGAGUGCGCAACAGUUUAGCCGACUCAAAGGGGACGAGACAGGAAAUUGGACCGGUCCCGUUAAUUUCUCGGAUGAUGGAUCUCUGAAGCCGGCCAGAAAUGGAAGGAAAAGAUGUUUCCGUCAGAAUUUUCAGCCAGAUUCACAGAUCUCCGUAAUAGUCACACCCUGCCUAGCCGAUAUUAAGAAGAAAAAAAAAAGGUAUCUGGAAAACUACGAUGGCUCAUAUGAAUACAACUCCACUGCUUGCAGGGAGCUCAGACAGGAGAUUAUGGACGUCAAAGUCUUGACAAUAGACAUCAGUCGGAAAAUACAUGGCCAUGGGUAUCCUUCCUCAUUCCACAAGUCUCUCUGCCUGUCUGCCAGGGUGAAAACCUCAGAGCUGUUUGAGAGAUGGCGAAACCUGCAGGUGUGUAGGUGGGAGCAGAACAAGGAGGAGACCAGCAACUUCAAGAUGUCUCUGUCUCGCUGCUGUAAUGCUCCGUCCUUUCUGUUCACCACCAAGAGGAACACUCCUGCAGGGACCAAGCUGAGGUACGAGGUGGACACCAGUGGUAUUCUUCCCAUCACCACUGAAGUCUUCAAGAUGUUCCCAGAUGAUAUGCCGUAUUCCAAAUCACAGUACAAGAAAUGUGCUGUUAUUGGAAAUGGCGGCAUCAUCAAGAACACCAAAUGUGGAAAGGAAAUUGACUCAGCAGAUUUUGUGUUUAGGUGCAACAUACCACCCAUCAAUGAGAAGUACUCUGCUGAUGUUGGCACUAAAACAGAUCUGGUGACAAUAAAUCCGAGCAUUAUUACAGAGAGAUUUCAGAAACUGGAGAAAUGGCGCCGACCGUUUUACGAAGUUCUCCAGAAUUACGAGAACUCCUCAGUGGUGCUUCCCGCCUUCUACAACACCCGCAACACAGAUGUAUCUUUCAGAGUCAAAUACAUGCUGGAUGACUUUGACUCCCAGAGGGGCGUGUUCUUCUUCCACCCGCAGUACCUCCUCAACGUUCAGCGUUUCUGGGCGGUGCAGGGCGUCCGGGCAAAACGGGUCAGCAGUGGCCUGAUGCUCGUCACCGCUGCCCUGGAGAUGUGCGAGGAAGUCCACCUCUACGGUUUCUGGGCGUUUCCCAUGAACCCUUCUGGCAUCUUCAUUACUCACCAUUACUAUGACAACGUCAAGCCACGGCCGGGCUUCCACGCAAUGCCACAUGAAAUUUUCAACUUUAUUCACAUGCAUACCCGUGGGAUCAUCAACGUACACACGGGUCAGUGCACGUGAUGUCUCACUCGUGUGCGUUAACGUGGUUUACCGUUUAGUUGGUUUAUUUUAAAAUGUGUUUCAUUUUAGUCCAAGAGACACUUAUGUCCUCCCUAUUUAAAAAGUGAGUUGGCCUUCAGAGCGUCCACUUCUUUGCUCUCACUUAUUCCACGAUACAGUGAAGGUAGCUUGCUUUGAUUGCCAACAUACUUAUGUGUACCUUAAGUUGUUUACUUAGCCGAUCAGAUCGCUAUGGUUAUCUCCGACUCUUUAACCAUAGGAUGCUUGUUUUUAAAUGUGAAAAGUGGUCAUCAUAGUGAUGUUGUUUCUGUGAAGUUUUCUAGUGGCUCUGCUGUACAGAGGUGUUGUUUUCUACUCAACGUUGCACAGAUAUUUACGCUGAAACGGGCCGCAGUGGGUGUCUUUGUGCCCCCUCAUUCCCACUCUCUUUCUCUCUUUAUCUCUGACACUCUGUGGGUGUGGCAGCUUUUAAUGUUUGUGUAAAACAAAACCUGAACCUUGAUAUUAAGAAAAAAAAAUUGUAACAUCCAAUUGUCUACUUUUGUAAUCUGUUUCCUAUUCUCCAGAUUCACUGGGUGAAUAUUUUAAAAACACUAUUGAAACGGCCUGUUUUUAGUGGCCUACUUCUAUCUUAAAAAUCCCCUCUGAUAUAUCUGGUGAAAAAAAAGGUAUGAGAAAAGGCAAGGAUAUUUUCUUUGUCAUGAUUUUGGACAAAAGCCAGAUAAAUAUUUUAAAAUGACACCAACUGAGCAAAACUUUGACUUUUAAGGCCGUCCAAUUUGUAAAGUGGCAGUACUUACGGCACUGUCGAGCGACCCAGCCUCUCGUUGUCAUUCAUGUCUUAAGCCAUGCUGCCUUAUGAAAUAUCAAACCCCUCUAUAUGAUAUGCAAUGCACCCAUGUGUUUUGCUUAUCAAAAAAUACAUUAAAAUCAAACUAAAUCUUAGUUUGUCUCUUGAAUCAAAGGACAUGUAAGACUCUAUGGUGUAGGAGUUCAUGUGCGGUUCUCAGCUCGUAUUUUAUUGGAAUUAGCAAAGUCUUACUCCCUGUAAACUCCAUUCAUAAUCAUGUAAUGCUCUGCAUGACUUUACUCUAUACUUGGCUUUGUGUGUGCCUGCUUCAAUGAUCACUGAAAUAUGUUUACACUUAAGCCUCCACUGGAGCUCACAGUGCUUUUGGAGAUAUAUACACGAACCUUUUCACAGAGAGAUGAAUGGAUUCGUUGAAUUGUAUAAUAGUGGAUGCAGUUGAGUCAUUGAUUGAAGAUGCACAAAUGAAGACGGUUGAUGCCCUUUUUGUGAAGUGCUACGACCCUUUUAUCACCACUGUAUUCUUCCACCGUCCCCUUUGAAUUGUGAGCGUUCAGUUUUCACUCUAGAAACCGUUGAAAGCUGUGUUUUUACUGUAAGUUUUGUUGUACGCUGCAAAAGGUUUUAAGAGACUGUAAAUGCAUAUUUUGGCACUCCUCUGUUCACGUUCAUUAUUUCCUUUGUAUUUAAAAGUCAUUGCUUAUAAGAUUGUUUCUUUCAUCAUUUAUACAGACUCUUUGUGUGUUUAUGCGCAAGAGAUAUGAGUUUAGCAAAUAUGAACACCAAAAAUGUUUCGGCUUGACCACUAAAUUUUUGCACAGACACAAGUGAAUCAAGAAUGGGGAAAGGAAAGGGAACUGGUCUGUGUACUUAAUGGAGGCAAUAUAAAUAUAUAUAACACAGUGCUUCUUA